GCUAUCAAUGCUGCAAAACGAAGCGGUGUUGCUGUCGAUACACAGAAAAAGAUGAUGGCCGGUGGAAAUCGACAGCAUACUGCGAACAAAAACACCCUUAGACUUGAUGAGGAGACGGAAGAAUUGCAUCAUGAACGAGUGAGUCUGUCGUUAGGCAAAGCUAUGCAGCAGGCACGUCAAGCCAAGGAAUGGACUCAGAAAGACCUUUCCACUGUGAGUCAUGUUUGA